CAUAUAUAUCUCCACAUUCUAUAUCUAUUCAUAUUGAUAUUCCCUCCGCCGGAUCCUUUCACUUUCUUUACUAAACAUAUUAUUAUUAUUAUCAAUAAUAAAUAUCAAAAUCUCUUUCUUUGGCUUCCUGCUAUCACAUAUCAUUCUCAACAGUUUAAUUUUGAAAGGGGAAAAUGAAGUUGAAGUUGUAGAGGCACUCGCUUCAUUCUACUAGGGGAAGAUGGGUUUUAAGGCUCUAGAUUUAUAUUGCCGCCCGGUGGAAAAUGGGGUAUGGGCAACGGCCGUGGAAAAUGAAUUUGGGCCUUACACACCAUGUGCAACAGAUUCUUUGGUUACUGGAAUUUCCCACUUGGUCCUUUUGGGAGCUUGCAUAUAUCGGAUAUGGGUGACAAAGAAGGAUUUUAAAGUGCAAAGGUUUAAAUUGAGGUCGAAUAUCUACAAUUAUUGGUUGGGGUUAUUGGCUUUUUGCUGUACUGCUGAGCCUUUGUUUAGAUUGAUAAUGGGCAUUUCGGCUUUGAAUGUUGAUGGAGAGUUUAGUCUUGCUCCAUAUGAGAUUGUUACCUUAAUUAUUAAGGCUCUUACAUGGUGCUGUAUGUUGGUCAUGAUCGGUCUCGAAACGAUUGUUUAUGUUUGUGAAGUUCGUUGGUUGGUGAGAUUUGGUGUUGUUUAUGCCUUGCUUGGAGAUGCUGUUUUGUUCAAUCUUGUGCUUUCCGUGAGCAAUUUUUAUACAAGAAAUGUACGCUAUCUCUUUUUCAGUGAGGUUGCCUUGCAGGUUCUCUUUGGGCUAUGUUUGAUUUUCUACCUUCCUAGUUUGGAUCCUUAUCCGGGAUAUACUCCGAUACGGGAAGAGUCUUUGGAUGAUGCUGAAUAUGAAGAACUUGCCGGCGGAGAACAAAUUUGUCCUGAGAGGCACACCAACAUUAUUUCUAGCAUCUUCUUCUCUUGGAUGGAUCCACUCAUGCAUUUAGGAUACAAAAGGCCUCUUACAGAGAAGGAUAUAUGGAAACUGGAUGAUUGGGACAAGACAGAAACACUAAACAGCAAAUUCCAAAUAUAUUGGGCAGAAGAGAUCCGCAAGCCUAAACCAUGGCUUUUAAGGGCUUUACAUCGUAGUCUUGGAGGAAGAUUUUGGUGGGGAGGCUUUUGGAAGAUUGGCAAUGAUCUUUCUCAGUUUGUUGGCCCACUGAUUCUGAACCAGCUAUUAUUGUCUAUGCAAGAACGCGGUCCAGCUCAGAUUGGUUACAUCUAUGCAUUUUCAAUUUUUGUUGGAGUGGUACUUGGCGUGCUAUGUGAGGCUCAAUAUUUUCAGAAUGUCAUGCGUGUUGGAUACCGUCUUCGUUCAACUCUGAUUGCUGCAGUUUUCCGGAAGACUUUAAGGCUAACUAACGAGAGUCGCAGAAACAUUGCAUCCGGGAAGAUAACAAAUUUAAUGACAACCGAUUCUGAAUCUCUCCAGCAAGUAAGCCAGUCACUUCACACUUUGUGGUCCGCCCCUUUCCGUAUCAUUAUUGCAUUGGUUCUUCUCUACCAACAAUUGGGCAUCGCCUCACUUCUUGGUGCUGCAUUGUUAGUUUUCAUGUUCCCCAUACAGACUGUGGUUAUCAGUAAGAUGCAAAAAAUGCAAAAGGAAGGAUUGCAGCGGACUGACAAGAGAAUUGGUCUCAUGAAUGAAAUCUUAGCAGCUAUGGACACUGUCAAAUGCUAUGCUUGGGAGAACAGUUUCCAAGGAAAGGUCCAAGGUGUUCGGACAGAAGAGCUGUCAUGGUUUAAGAAAGUACAAAUGCUAGGAGCGUUGAAUACUUUUAUAUUAAACAGUAUUCCGGUUGUGGUGAUUGUGGUUUCAUUUGGGUUGUUCACGUUACUUGGAGGACAGCUGACACCUGCUAGAGCAUUUACAUCACUCUCUUUGUUUGCUGUUCUGCGUUUUCCACUAUUCAUGCUACCGAAUAUGAUUACUCAGGUUGUAAAUGCCAAUGUGUCCUUGAAACGUUUGGAAGACUUGCUGUUGUCCGAGGAAAGACUUCUUCUUCCAAACCAACCUCUUGAACCAGGACUCCCGGCUAUCUCAAUUAGGAAUGGAUUCUUUUCUUGGGAUUCAAAGGCUGAUAAACCGACGCUUUCAAAUAUUAAUAUAGAUAUACCAAUUGGUAGCCUGGUGGCAAUAGUUGGAAGUACAGGGGAGGGGAAGACAUCGCUUGUAUCCGCUAUGCUUGGAGAACUUCCUCCAGUUAGUGAGGCACAUGUUAGUAUGAGAGGAACAGUUGCAUAUGUUCCACAAGUCUCUUGGAUUUUUAAUGCAACGGUACGUGACAACAUAUUGUUUGGAUCCCCCUUUGAACGUGCAAAGUAUGAGAAGACAAUAGAUGUAACUGCAUUGCACCAUGACUUGGACUUGCUUCCAGGCGGUGAUCUUACUGAGAUUGGUGAAAGAGGGGUAACCAUUAGUGGAGGGCAAAAGCAAAGAGUUUCCAUGGCUAGAGCUGUAUACUCUAACUCAGAUGUAUAUGUGUUUGAUGAUCCUUUGAGUGCUCUAGAUGCUCAUGUGGGCAGACAGGUUUUUGAGAAAUGUAUUAAAGAAGAGUUAAAUGGAAAAACACGAGUUCUAGUUACAAACCAGCUUCAUUUUCUAUCACAAGUGGAUAGGAUACUCUUAGUCCAUGAAGGCAUGGUGAAAGAGGAGGGAUCCUAUGAGGAACUUUCUCAGAAUGGUGAACUCUUCCAGAGAUUGAUGGAAAAUGCAGGGAAAAUGGAAGAAUAUGUUGAGGAACGGAAACAAGAAGAGGGAAAAGAGACUGGUGCAAAAAUCUCAAAACCCGUCACCAAUGGUGAGAUAGCUAAUGAGGCGGAUAAAAAGAAAGAAACCAAAUCUGUUCUCAUUAAGCAAGAAGAACGGGAAACAGGGGUUGUCAGCUUCAACGUUCUGAAAAGGUACAAAGAUGCAUUAGGAGGCUGGUGGGUUGUUGGUAUACUGUUUGGAUGUUACACAGCAACAGAAACUUUAAGAAUUAUGAGUAGUACUUGGUUAAGUGUUUGGACAGAUGAGAGCACUCCAAAGAUACACAGCCCGCUAUUCUAUAAUAUUAUAUAUGCACUUUUAUCACUUGGUCAAGUUUUGGUGACUCUAGGAAAUUCUUAUUGGUUGAUCAUCACGAGCCUUUUUGCAGCUAGAAAGUUGCACAAUGCUAUGCUUAAUUCCAUAUUGAGGGCUCCAAUGGUCUUUUUCCACACGAAUCCCCUAGGACGUAUUAUUAAUAGGUUUUCCAAAGAUCUCGGUGACAUAGAUCGGAAUGUUGCCCCAUUUGUCAACAUGUUUUUGGGCCAAGUUUCACAACUCUUGUCAACCUUUGUUCUAAUUGGAUUAUUGAGCACCAUGUCUCUCUGGGCUAUAUUGCCACUUUUGCUGGUGUUCUAUGCAGCUUAUUUGUAUUAUCAGAGCACCGCCCGUGAGGUAAAGCGAUUGGAUUCCAUAACCAGAUCUCCUGUGUAUGCACAAUUUGGGGAAGCACUGAAUGGUCUAUCCAGCAUUCGUGCAUAUCAAGCCUAUGAUCGAAUGGCCAAGAUUAAUGGGAGUUCCAUGGACAAUAACAUUAGGUUCACGCUAGUCAACAUGAGUGCAAACCGCUGGCUAGCAAUCCGAUUAGAAACAGUUGGUGGUCUCAUGAUUUGGUUGACCGCAACUUUCGCUGUUAUGCAAAAUGGCAAAGCAAGAAAUCAAGAAGCAUUUGCAUCCACCAUGGGUCUACUUCUAAGUUAUGCAUUAAAUAUUACAAGUUUAUUAACGGCUGUCCUUAGACUUGCAAGUUUAGCCGAAAAUAGCUUGAAUGCUGUUGAACGUGUUGGCACUUAUAUUGAGUUACCUUCUGAGGCUCCUCCUGUUAUUGAAGAUAACCGCCCACCACCUGGCUGGCCUUCUUCAGGAUCAAUAAAGUUUGAAGAUGUUGUUUUGAGGUAUAGGCCCGAACUUCCUCCAGUGCUGCAUGGUUUGAACUUUUUCAUUCCUCCAAGUGAUAAGGUUGGAAUAGUUGGAAGAACUGGGGCAGGAAAAUCCAGCAUGCUUAAUGCUUUGUUUCGGAUUGUGGAAUUGGAAAGAGGUAGAAUUAUUGUUGAUGAUUGUGAUAUUGCAAAGUUUGGGCUGACAGAUCUUCGCAAGGUUCUUGGUAUUAUACCCCAAGCACCUGUUCUUUUCUCAGGGACUGUGAGAUUUAACCUUGAUCCCUUUAAUGAGCACAAUGAUCCUGAUCUUUGGGAAUCUCUUGAGAGGGCCCAUUUGAAGGAAGUCAUCAGGAGGAACCCCUUGGGUUUAGAUGCCGAGGUCUCAGAGGCUGGAGAGAACUUCAGUGUUGGACAACGACAAUUGUUAAGUCUCUCACGUGCACUGCUUCGGAGAUCAAAGAUUCUUGUUCUUGAUGAAGCGACUGCGGCUGUUGAUGUCAGGACAGAUGCACUUAUCCAAAAGACCAUCCGUGAAGAAUUUAAGUCGUGUACCAUGAUCAUCAUUGCUCAUCGUCUUAAUACUAUUAUUGAUUGUGACCGCAUUCUACUGCUUGAUGCUGGUCAGGUUGUUGAGUAUGAUGCACCGGUAAAACUUUUACAAGAUGAACACACUGCUUUCUCGAAAAUGGUUCAAAGUACUGGGGCUGCAAAUGCAGAAUAUUUACGGAACUUAGCAUUUGGAGCAGAUGGAGAGAAGGCAGAGAAGGCUGCAAUAGAUGGUCAGAGGAGAUGGCUUGCCUCUUCACGGUGGGCGGCUGCCGCUCAGUUUGCUCUUUCUGCUAGCCUCACUUCCUCUCAUAACGACCUUGUGAAUUUGGAAAUUGUGGAUGAUAACAAUAUCCUUAAGAGAACAAAGGACGCUGUUGUGACUCUUCAGAGUGUUUUGAAAGGGGAACAUGAUAAAGAUAUUGAGGAGACGCUUGAACAGUCCCAGGUUCCAAGGGAGAGAUGGUGGUCUGCGCUCUAUAAAGUAGUAGAGGGUCUUUCGAUGAUGGGCAAGUUGGGUCGUAACAAGCUCCGGCAUUCAGAAUACGACUUCAAAGAUGAAACAAUUGAUUGGGACCAUGUUCAGAUGUAGGAUUUUUACUGAUCAAGUUAAGAUCCAUGUUGGUUCACAAGUGUACACCAACUAGGAAUGUAAUUUCAACUGCCAUUGUAAUUUUAGACGAGCCCUUUUUUCAUACUUUGGAGCAAGGUAGCAGAUAGAUUGGCGUGGCUCUAUGUCGAACUUUUGCUAAUUAGGUUUAAGCCUACAUAGGUUGAAAUAAUUUAUGCCAAGCGUGGAUUUUUGCCUCUUCUAGAAGUUGUGAAUAGUACUUUCCAACAAAGAAUUUCAAACUUGAAAUGUAAUUAGGAUUACACAAGGAAAGCACUUAUUUACUCUUUCAGCCCAUAAAUGAAACUGAGAAUUGCUAUUGUGUUUAACGAUCUUGAAUAAGAUGAUGAUUAAGCAUGAUUGCUAGUAGAGAAUGCAAUUUUAA